UUGAUUACCAAAAAUAGCCACUUACCCAAUAAAGAGUUAAUGCUGCAUGAUUGAUCAUGACCCAAAUCCUUUUGUGAUUGUUUAUAGUGCAUAAUUGCCUCAUUAACCAGAAUGUUAUUUAAAAUGCUAAAACAUAAUUAUGGCUAUUCAUUAAUAUUGUCUAUAUGAUUUAUUGUAUGUGUGUGUGCGUGUGUGUACAAGUUCAGUGCAGGUGGAGUGUGACACACACACUCAAACAUGACCUUUGGACGUCAGACUAUUUAUUUAUAUGAUUAAAACACUCGCAUUGUUUGCAGGAGGAAGGAUGAGUUAAUUUGAAUAAGUAUUCACUGUUUGUAUAUCCAUCUUCCCAACGCGACUGCAAACACAGUAAAGCCUCAAGUCGAAUGGAUCAGUGGAAAUGUAGAAAAAAAAACUUACCAGUAGUAGAAAAAAAACUUACCAGUGACCAGUCCUGAUGUCAGAAAAAAACACAGCCGCAGCAGCAGCAGCAUCGCUGGAAGACAAAGAUUCGACAAGAUUUUGACAAGAAAUCUCAUUCGUAUUGUGUUUCCUUGGUUUUAAGAAGUGGGACGUGCUUCAGGAGGCAGAGCUUAUAACGGUGGAGGAAAGGCGACUUUUUCGAGAGUGAAGAUUCCAGAGCAUGAAAUGGUGGACACUGAGCCCUUAUUUAAACAAAGGAGCCUUCAUACAAACAAAAUCGCUGGGGAUCAAUAAGUUUCACUAAUCAUUAAUCAAACUACAAAGUGGCACAUCUUCAUCCGCUCACGCGUACUGACAUUCUUUCUGUUGAACGGGAGAGGGCGAUAAACGCAUUUGAAGAGGCUGCAUUUUCCAUCUCUCUCCUUUGCUUACUUAAAAAAAAUCAUAAAUAGGAAUAGAUGACUGAUAUCCGAUUUGAGAUUUGUACAAACGUCAUUUGUCCACCAUCCUACGUCCGUGCGACCGUUCAAAUCUAACAUCUACGUAGCGCGAACUUUAACAUUUUUUCCCCCUAAAUUUCAAACCAAUUUUCAAACAUCUUGUUUUUCUCUAAAACGUCAGAGAAACGGGAAAUUACCUGCAUUCCUAACUCACUGGCUGUCAUUGAUGUGAAGGUUUGCAGUGAAUGUUUAAUGUUUAAAUUAUUUAUAACAUUUUUUCCCAACAUUCUGCCGUAGCCAUAGUCACGUCAAUGUGGCUGUCCGGUAAUCCGGAAAUAAUGCCGCGCGUAUUUUCGUGGAGAAGACCUUCAUAUUCAUUACAUCCGUUUUGUCCACCGACGCAAGAUGGCCCCGGGUACUUACGCCGCUGACUCCAUUACACAUCUAGCCUUAUAUAUGACAUCUAGCCAGCAAAUCUUGCUAACUUUAUUUAGCUCUGUCGUCAUCAAUAUCGUCAUCAUUGGUGGCAGCUUCAGGCUUUUGUUGCUGCACCAGGGAGAGGCGUGUGAGCCUUUUUGGGUUUCAAAAAGUUCCCGUUCACUCCGACAUCGGCCAAGACGAGCGUGCAACAACUGUGGGCCCAUUGGACUUACGAGGAAGAUGUCACAGGUCGAGGUGAGCGAGGGCAGCGUAGAGGUGCAAGGCUGCACCUCACCACUCUUCUACAGACAAAUUCGACCAUCUUCUGGAGACACCAAAAUGUCCAUUUUGCUUCUUCAUGGCCGCAGUUUCUCAUCAGAAAACUGGCUCAAUGUCGGCACACUGCACACGCUGGCCAACGCCGGUUACCGAGCGGUCGCCAUCGAUCUUCCAGGACUUGGCCGCUCCAGCUCAGCUGAGGCGCCAGUGGCCGUGGGAGAGCUGGCCCCUGCUGCAUUCUUGACGGAUGUGUGCAAGCGACUGGAGCUGAGCCCCGUGGUGGUGAUCAGCCCAUCACUCAGCGGCAUGUAUUCACUCCCCUUCUUGCUUCAACAACAGCACCUGCUGCGUGCCUACAUCCCCAUCGCACCCAUCUGUACUGAAAAGAUCAGCGCCCAACAGUACCACAGCAUCAAGGUGCCAUCGCUGAUCGUCUACGGCGACCGUGACACCUCGCUUGGGCAGGUGUCGCUUAACAACCUGAGCCAGCUGGCUAAUCACAGCGUGGCAGUGAUCAAAGGGGCGGGGCACGCCUGUUACCUGGACGACCCUGACACGUGGCAUCGGCUACUUACAGACUUCCUCUCUCAACUCUAAGAGCCUCGUGAGGACUGGCAGAGGUGAUGUUGGUAUGUUGGUAUAAAUGGAGGUCAGAGAGUGUUUUCUUUUUUUUUUUGUAGUAGGUAAUAUAUAACACUACACCACACCGCUCGCUAAUAGUAAUUGAAAACAUCACAGCUGUAUUAUUGGAGCGUGAAUCUGCAUGUAGCAAAUAUAAGAACUUGCCAUGACAAUAACACUUUUAAAAUCCCUUUUGUUAAGCCAUUUUGCUGUCUUUUUGGCUAGAAAAAUAAGACCACAUGAAAGUCUAUCUCAUUUUGGCAAGUAGAUACAGUAGUGCAUAAAUUAAACAUAUAGUCCCUUUUUUGAUGAACAUAAAUGAAAAUAAAAAGUUUGAACUUUUCAUGACACGAGUGACAUGUCGCUUACUUAAGAGUUCUUUUUUUGGGGUGAUUGGGUGUGGGGGUCUCUCCUUGUGCGGGUGACCUUGGCUGAGGACAUAAGUGAAGCUGGCUAGACGGCGGCACUCAGGGCUUCCCAUCGUUGCCCAUCAUUGCCUGUAAGACUACUUUAGGUGGUGGUGAGGUGGGCGGGAGCAUUGGGGGCACAUAUGAGAAGCACAGGACAGCUAGAAGGUGUGUGUGCGUGUGACACAGGAGAUUAAUGUAGUAGAGAGUGACCGUGAGGGCUGACGACAGGAUAAAGCACGAGGAGUUGAAUCAGCAGCAAAGUCACGCGGGAUGGACGGAAGGAGUGUCCCCGUCCGCAGUCCGACGUGUUCUCCUGAGGAAGGACAUGCAACGGAAUUAGACAUUACUUAGAUGAUAUUAUUCAGAUACACAAAUGUGAUAGUGUUGACUAAUCACGGCAACCCUAUUUUGUAGGGCAGGGACGAUUUGCUUUUGUCACGAUCCGAUCCGUAUCCCGAUACCUGUGUGGCGAUCUGAUACAUAUUUCGACAAUUCAACUAUGACAACAUAUUACCUUUUAAAAUUUAUAAAAAUACAGAUGCAUGUAUCUCUGUUUAAACUAGAUGUCAUUGAACAUUUAUUAUUUUUGAUUGACACAUGCGGCACUCUCAAGUUUAGUGCUCCCAGGCUUCUCUGGCAAGAUCAAAGCGUCAUCGCUUGUCAAGCAUCGUUAACUUGAACAAGCAAACUGAUAGGACUUGCGGACCAAGAAAAUCAGCAGGAUGGAGAGUGGUCGGGUCGGGUCGGGACUAGAGGUGAAAGUGGGCCGGAACGGUGCCACGGACAGCACGGAGUUCUCCCAGCAUGUGUCUGAUGUGCUGCGUCGAAUGUGCAUGCGCUUAGCUAACCACGAUCCCUGGCCGGGACUCCAGUUGCCUGUUCCAUUGGCUGACAUACUGACUUGUGAUCAGCAUGGAUAGUUAGCUCUGAUUGGUUCAAAUGCACGUUUAAAAAAAAAAAAAAAAAGCUUGUUGAAUAAUGCCAUAAAAAAGGGCAAUGCAAGGGAAAAUUGAGCAGAUCUUUCAGAGAAAGGAAAGAGUUGAAGAGAUUUAUUUUCUCUGAUGGGGAAGUUCAGUUCAUGUUAACCCUUUAAUGGCUGACCCCAAAGAUAAUGAACAGAAAAUUCAAAUUUUUUUAAAUUUGUAAGCUUUAUGUGGUCCGUGAAUGUAAUAAAUUUGGCAGUAUAGUUUAUGUACACUUUGGAUUUAUUUUUGUUAAUGUACCCAUGUUAGG